GGUAUUGAACGAGUAUUGAACACAUGAUGAAUAUUGCAUUGGUGUGGUUGUGUAACAGGAUAGUGUCAGUACAUCUUAAACUGAGGAUCUACGGUAGCGUUCUGUUUUAUAUCUGGGAUGUCUCAGUCUGGCUCUGAAGGAGCUGUCCAUGGUCUCCACAGUGGAACGCAGUGGGAGUUUUUUUUAAAGAUGGAGGUCAUCUUCGCCAGCAUUCUCCUUUCACACCUCUCCUCAACUGAAUCCAGUGGGAAUCUCAGAACCAAGCUAGCUUUGUGAACUAGCUUGUUCACACUCACACCAGUCCACAAAGUCCAUGAUGACUGACCUGCACUCUGGACAUUCCCCUCAGACACACAGCUGACAAAGGCUGAGUCAUCAGAAAACUUCUGGAGGUGACCACUGAUGGCGUUGUAGGUGAAGUCCGAGGUGUAGAAGGUGAAGAUAGAGGGUGAGAGCACUGUACCCUGUUGAGCUCCAGUACUGCACACAACCACCUCAGAUGUAAAGUUGUGCAGCUACAUGUACUGUGGCCUGUUGAUGAGGUAGUUGACGGUCCAUGCAGAUCAGAAAUGUCAUCAGAAACUGAGAAAAAAAAAUGAAUAUGUGUAAGGCAACACAAAUCUUAAUGCAUAUUUCUCAACAGAUACCACAGUAGUUGUUACUGAGUUAACAAAAGUUGAAACAAACUUCUUUAAAAAUCCAUGUUCUCAUGUUUUUUAAUCUGAGUGCUAAUUAGUAUAAAACAGUGGUUCUAAAAUUCAGGUCUAUGACAAUUUUGUCAAUGCUGAGGUUGUGAGGUUACCAAGACUACAUUUGUAAAAUGUAUAUUUAUAAAAUCCCAACAACAGACCCAACACAAUCAAAAUUCUGUAUAAAGUUUGCAAUGAAUCACUUUCAUUGUGUGUAUGUGGGUAAGAAUGAAGGUUGGUGUUGAAGGAGAAAAGGUUGGGGACCACUGGUGCAAACUCAAAUGUCUGUUUCUGGAAUGAACUUGUAAAAACACAAACACACAGCCAGCAUCAAUUCAGUUUAUCUUCUCUCCAGAACAAACCCUCGUCCACAUGCAUGCACACAGCUCAAAUUAGGAGGGAAUUUAGCUUCAGGGGCUCAGAUGACUUCUCUGUCUCAACUCUUUGCCUCCCACUAGUCCCAUGUCGUCUUUUUCUUCCAACACCAUAAAAUGAAAGGCCAGCCGGUGGGCUCUUCUGACCCUCAACCAGCUGACAGAUGGAUGGAGACUAAUUCACAACUUGUGUUUUUAGAAUAUUUUCCAAAAUAAUCCAACACUAAAUAAAAUCAUGUAGACUUGAUCAGGUGAUUGAUGAAUGAGUGAAUAUUGAGCAGAUUAUGCCCCACUGUUACGUAAGGGCUGUAUAAUGUGACUUACAUAUGUCCCUGCUACCAUGUUUGAAGCAUCUGACGGAUCUCUGAGCUUAUGCCGCUGUUGAUACUUGCUGUGAGCAACAAGCCAGUUACGUAAGAAUGUGGUAGUUAACAGAGCUCAGGGCUGGGCCGUGUUGCACAAAGGAUGUGGGGUUGGGAGGCAGAGUGAUGCGAGAUAGGCAGUGUCACAAAGCAUCACGGGACAGUGAGGGAGAGACGCAGGAAGAGAGCAACACGAGAGGUUAGGAGUCACAGGUUCACACAAAGCGGUGCAAAGAGAGCCCUCUGAGUGAGAGUCUGGACCACAGCUGGUGUGAAGGGUGAGGAGGCUGCAGGCGAUUGCCAGUUGGACUGUCGAGCGGUGACAGAGGCUCGGCCGUGGGAUUUAAUGAUCUGGAAGAAAGAAUCAUUUCAACUCACCAAGUAUCAAGAGGAAAUACCUGAGGACUGCAGGUGGAAUGUCAGAUGAGAGUGGAGGAAAAUGAGAUGGAGUGGAUGAGAUGUUUAUGUUUAUAUUUAUGUAUUUGAGAUCUUUCAUCUUUAUUACACCUAUAAUCAGGAGAAAUAUAUCAUUAGUGCAAAACAUCUAACCCUUCUUGCUCUAAUGCUUCAAUUAAUGGAGAGGCAACCCCAGCUAAAAGAAGUGGAUCACAGAAAGGAGAGUUGUCUCAUUCUGCCUGCUUGGAAGUUCCUGCCAAGGUGUUUGAAUCAUGUGGUCCACUGAGAGCAUGGAGCCUGAGAAAACACACACCCAGAGGAGCUACGGCAAGGUGGACGUGCCCGACCAGGCUCACUAUGUGGUCGCUGUGUUUGUGUUUGUGAUCGGGGCUCUGGGCGUCGCUGGGAAUGCUCUGGUGAUGUUUGCUUUCUUCAGCAACAAGAAGCUUCGUAAACUGCCCAACUACUUCAUCAUCAACUUGGCGAUCAGUGACUUCCUCAUGGCGUUCACACAGUCGCCCGUCUUCUUCAUCAACUCCCUCUACAAGGAAUGGAUGUUUGGCGAGAUGGGAUGUAAGAUCUAUGCCUUCUGUGGUGCCUUGUUUGGCAUUUCUUCUAUGAUCAACCUUCUGGCCAUCUCCAUUGAAAGGUAUCUGGUCAUCUCCAGGCCCCUGCAGACCAUCCACUGGAGCUCCAAGAAAAGAACCACAUUUGCCAUUUUCCUUGUCUGGCUUUAUUCUCUGGUUUGGAGUUUGGCUCCUCUGGUUGGCUGGAGUUCCUAUAUCCCGGAGGGCCUGAUGACAUCAUGUACAUGGGAUUAUGUUUCGUACACAGCAGCCAACAGGAGCUACACCAUGAUGCUUUGCGUUUUUGUCUUCUUUAUUCCCCUGGGAAUCAUCCUGUUCUGCUAUCUAAAAAUGUUCUUAUCUAUAAGAAAAACUAGCAGGGAGUUGGAACGUUUAGGAACUCAGGUGAGAAAAAGCACUCUCAUCCGACAGAAGUCCAUCAGGAGUGAGUGGAAGCUGGCAAAGAUUGCAUUUGUUGUAAUCGUGGUUUACGUCCUCUCUUGGUCACCGUAUGCCUGCGUGACUCUGAUUUCCUGGUCUGGCCAUUCCAACAUUUUGUCACCGUACUCCAAGUCCGUUCCUGCAGUCAUUGCAAAAGCCUCCACUAUCUACAACCCCAUCAUCUAUGCCAUCAUCCACGACAAAUACAGGAUGACUCUGGCAGAAAAGAUUCCCUGUCUGUGGUUUCUGUCCCCGGCUCCCCAAAAGGAAGGCCUCUCCUACUCCAUCAGUGAGUCUUCAUUCAGGGACUCCAUCCUUAGCAGACAGUCCACCGCUUCCAGGACAAAAUUCAUCAAUCCCUCACCCAACUGCAUUGAUUUGGUUCUGAAGAACAUGGAAAUGGAUCAUCAGGGUAGAAAUUCAGGAGGUUCGUUCAGAAACACGUCGUCACACCACCAGUCUUACAGAGGCAGGUCCUGCAAGAGACAGCUGGAGCAGAGGGCGGGUGACACCCUCGCACCAGAGAAGCAUCCAUCAACCACUAGUGACCAAUUGUGCACCCAUGACCACGAACUGGUUUCCAGCUCUAUGACGGUCGCAACUCUCCCUUUACUAGUUCUCACCAGGAGGCGCAGCGAGAGUCUAAGUCAUGAGAGUUGGGAUUCCCAUGACAAGAGAAGCAGCUUUAGGGAACGACUGCACAGCCUCAAAAGCAACUCUUUUGACUCCUUGAACUUUGGUAAAAUGCCAUUCACUGAUCCCAGAUCCCCUCAGAGUGUUCCACGAAUAAUCGUUAUCAGUCCCACCACUGAGAGUGGCAUCGUCAACCACGACAGCGUCAGUUUAGCCGACAGUAUUGAAGCAAUGGACAGCAAUGUAUUUGCCAGCCUGAACUUCUCAUCUGAAGUCUUUGAGGCGGUGGAGCUCCUCUCGAUCUGAUUACCUGAUAAAUGAUCUGAUAAAAGAAAAAAAAAACAAACAUUUGCUGACACAAAGAAUUUGUCAGAUUUUGGUGGAGACCUGGGGACUCUAUGGGAUACCAUUAGUUGCUGCUUUUCUUAUGAAAUGAAGGGCCCCAGCUCCAGUGGCCAAAAUCAAAGUUUAACAGUGAGAUCAAUGGUGAAGGGAGCAGAAAUAGUUGGAACUUUGGGUUAAACCACCACAUAGUUCCCGAGCUCGUGUCUGCAGCUCACCGCUCUCCCCGGGGAUCGGUCAAAAGUGGAGAAAACUUUUC